AUGGAUCAUUCAGGCAACUCCAGGGCUGGCCUCGGCCUAGAAUCCCAGGGGCUAAGCGAGGCUGGUGUCCCUCGAAAGCUUCGACGUGCGGCUCCUCUCUCCUCGGAGCCUCCACAAGGCCAAGAUGUUGAUCGAGGUGGUGACGCUAUUACGACUCUUAUCCAACGGGAGGAAGAACAUACCCGCAUACGUCUAGGCCAUGUGCGAGAAUACCAGGUCCAUGUUCACCAUCCUGUCGAACGACUCAAGUCGAUAGAGAUACAGUUUUGUCAUGUUGAUGACGAAUAUGAGCUCUAA